GAGUCCAGAGAAGACGCGCACUGACCUGAAUCAAGACAGGUUUUUGCAGUUCCUGAUUUCAUUGCACUUAGUUGUAGUUCAACGUCUGUCUAUUAAUAUCGUCAGCGCUCUGUGUAGUCCAUCAAUUUCCGUAUUUUGUACCAAAGGAAUAACCAGCUUAGCAUUGCUAGGGAAGCAGUGGAACGGAUUUAUAUAUAUAUAUAUAUAAAUGUAUGUAUAUGUAUAUGUAUAUGUAUAUAGAUAGAUAGAUAGAUAGAUAGAUUUAUUUUGUAGAGCAAAUGCAUCCCUUCUUGUUGCUUGGAGAACGAGUGUCAGUGGAAACAGGUUGAUCAAGUAAUCGAGGGAGAGAAGCGCUGGCUAUUGUAAAGUAAGAAGACUACAGCUCCUGAUGAUGAACGUAAAUAUGGACGAUGAUGAAGCGCUCAAUUCGAUUAUGAAAGAUCUGGCUGCCCUGGGCCGCUUCGGGGGAUUGCUGGAUGGCAGUAAACAAAGAAAUAACUACCUACCUGUCAAGCAGCAAGAUGUCCGAAUCAAACUGGAGCACGAGGGGGAGAAAAGGAUCAUUCAGUUUCGAAGGCCACUGAAAUUCAAAGAGUUGCUUCGGAAGGUGACUGAUGCCUUUGGAGAGCAGAUGGACUUGUAUUACCUGAACAAUGAGCUCCUCGCUCCCUUGCGCUGUCAGGAGGAUUUGGAGAAAGCUGUGCUGUACUUGGACCUCCGCCCGUCCAUGAAGAGCCUGAGGGUGUUAGUGAAGACUCCCAAAAACAACCAUGUGAGCAGCCCAGCUGAUAAACCCCCUGAAAUGAGGAUGUCCAAGUCCAUGGGAGACCUGAAGGGCUCCCCGUUUAAAAGCACUGAGAGGAUCCGCAAACACUCCACAGGUUCUCUGCACACGGGCCGCAGUUCCCCUCCUCCUGGCAGUGUCCCAGAGGAGCAGCAGCAGAUUGCACGGCAGGGGUCCUACACCAGCAUCCACAGCGAGGGCGAGUUUAUUCCCGAGACCCUGGACCAGAACGUACUGGACCCCUUUGGCAGGGCUGACAACUCCCUCUCAGAUAGCUGCCAUUCACUGGACAGCCCUCCAUUCUCACAAUCUGGGACCAACAGGGACUGGAACGGUGUGAAUCAGAGCUGUGAGUACACAGGCUGUCGAUAUGGCAAAGGCGGGACCUUUCCAAGACAGUUCCACGUCUCCCAUCAUCGCAAGGACUACAGUGACGGGAGAAGGACAUUCCCACGCAGCUUCAUGCCUCAGGAGAACCUCUUCCAGCUCGUCCCCUCCAGGACACACAGUUACAACGGGGACAGCACGUCCCCCAGCAUCCAAUACAGUGACCUCAGAACCAUGCGCUGGGACCCAGAGGAGACCAGCGCCCUGGCUGUGCCCUGUAAGUCCCCUCAGGCGCCCGUGAACUGGAGGUUAGGGAAGCUGCUGGGACGCGGGGCCUUCGGGGAGGUGUACCUCUGCUACGACGCCGACACGGGAAGGGAGCUGGCAGUGAAACAGGUGCCCUUUGACCCCGAGAGUCACGAAACCAGCAAGGAGGUGAACUCCUUGGAGUGCGAGAUUCAGCUGCUGAAGAACCUUCACCAUGAAAGGAUCGUGCAGUACUACGGCUGCUUGCGGGACCCUGAGGAGAAGAAGCUCUCCAUCUUCGUGGAGUUCAUGCCAGGGGGCUCGAUAAAGGACCAGUUGAAAGCCUAUGGCGCGCUCACUGAGAGUGUGACGAGGAGGUACACCAGACAGAUCCUGCAGGGAGUCUUCUACCUCCACAGUAACAUGAUUGUGCAUCGAGACAUCAAAGGAGCCAACAUUUUGAGAGACUCCUCGGGCAAUGUGAAGCUGGGUGAUUUUGGUGCCAGCAAGCGCAUCCAGACCAUCUGCAUGUCAGGCAGUGGGAUGAAGUCUGUGACCGGGACUCCGUACUGGAUGAGCCCCGAGGUGAUCAGUGGAGAAGGGUACGGCAGGAAAGCAGACGUCUGGAGCGUGGGCUGCACGGUGGUGGAGAUGCUGACGGAGAAGCCCCCCUGGGCGGAGUACGAAGCCAUGGCUGCUAUCUUCAAAAUCGCCACCCAGCCGACCAAGCCCAGGCUGCCGGAGGGUGUGUCCGACUCCUGCAGGGACUUCCUCAUGCAGAUCUUUGUGGAGGAGAAGCGGCGGCCCACUGCAGAGGAGCUCCUGGGGCACAGCUUCUUCCAGGGCAGUCUCUAGCAGCCAAGGAGGGAGAAGUCAAGCAAGCAAGCAAACCGCGUGGGCACUUUCCAAAUGGAUUCCUGUAUUUUUUUUGUUUUCCCUGUCGUUUUUGUUUUUGGUGGGGCAACCCAAAGAGGGGUAAAAAAGGGACAUAAGAAAAGUAAAUCGCCCCUCCUUAUAUUGUAUCUUAUAUAUGUUGAUAACAGGGUAGUGCUCUAAGCAGACAUGCAAAGGGACUGCAUUUAUUCUCCUACUCGUAGAUGGAAAGUGAUGCCUCUUGUGCAGAAUCUUACCAGCUGCCCUCCUGCUCCUUCUCUUCAGUGAUUCUGCACGACUGUCCUCCUGGUAAACCUCUAUCCCAGCCCAGGCACUGCAG